AUGUGGUCAUACUUUUGGAGUAUUGCACUCACCGUUUGGCUGACGCUGGGACGACUUACCGCAGGUAUUCAGCUUGAUAUCAAUGAUCCUGAAUCGAUCAAAGAUGCCGCCGCAACAGCCGCCUACGGUAUGAUGACCUAUUAUCAUGGCAACGAAUCCGGUCAAAUUCCAGGGAAGCUUCCGGGCACAUGGUGGACGGGCGGCGAGGUAUUCAUGGCCCUGGUGCAGUACUGGUACUGGACCGGAGACACAUCAUACAACGAUGUUACCAAGCAGGCUUUGAUUUGGCAAAAGGGCCACAAUGACUACCUCCCGGACAACUAUACCCAGGAUUUGGGCAACGACGAUCAGGUAUUCUGGGGUCUCGCCGCGAUGACUGCCGCCGAGCUGAACUUCCCCGAGGAUGAGGAAGUGUCAUGGCUUGCACUUGCCCAGGGCGUGUUCAACACUCAGGCUGAGAAGUGGGACCCGGAUACCUGCCAUGGUGGCCUGCGGUGGCAGAGAAACUCGUGGAACGGAGGCUACGAUUUAAAGAAUUCAGUCUCCAACGGAGGGUUCUUCCAGCUCGCGGCCCGCCUGGCGCGAUAUACCAAAAACGAAACCUACACAGAAUGGGCAGAGAAGGCAUUCACCUGGGCCACGUCUGUUCCUUUGAUCAUCGAGAAAGGGUGGACGAUAAACGAUCUGGUUACGGUGGAAUCGAAUUGCCAGGCAGCGAACCAGAUGCAAUGGUCUUACAAUUAUGGAAUCUACUUUAAUGGUGCUGCAUACAUGUAUAAUUUGACGAAUGGUGACACGAAAUGGCAAAAUGUGGUGGAAGGCUUGCUGAAUACUACAUGGCGCAAUUUCUUCCCACAGGAGUACGGGGGCAACAUCAUGGUUGAGCCAUGCGAGCCGCAAAAACCGGGAGUGGUAGAGUGCGAUGGCAACCAGUCCACAUUCAAGAAUCCUGCCCAAAUUACAGGCUCCGCCGAGGGAGCAGCAAAACAGUGUUCCGGGCCCUCCCCGGACAAGAUCUGUGGACAGCGAUGGUUCCUUGAUAAAUAUGAUGGUGUCACCGGCCUCCGUGAGCAUAUGUGUGCGUUGAGCGUUUUCACCGCGAAUAUGGUGCCAUUCAAAACCGGAAACCGUGAUCAAGGUCCAUUGACGGCGGACACUGGAGGAACUAGUAAAGGUGAUCCGAGUGCAGGCACGGGGGAUCACAAGCCGGAGAAGGACGAGCCGCGAGAGAUAACAACAGGGGAUCGUGUGGGUGCCAGCAUUGCGACUGUGGCCGUUGUAGGUAUAUGGCUUGGAAUAGUAGCCUUUAUGAUGACCGGGAGUUGA